AUGCACGAUUGGGCGAAGCGGAUAUUGUAUGGGUAUCGUUUGAAAGUAUUGUUUGUUCAAUUCAGAAUAAAGGAAAUUUUGCCGGAAGAGCUGGUCGUAGAUUUUGUGGCCAUGUACGCAGUGCAAAGGCUUAUCGAGCCGGUUCACAACUUUGUCCAUACGGAUUCCAUGUACCCAGUGAAAUCGUGCUCCAAGGGUUCAGGGAGCGAAGAUAUCACGGAGGAAAAUGAAUUAGAGCCGAACAUGUGUGAUAGGCUGAAUUCCCUAGAAGAAUCGAUUUCUCAUUUGCUUAAAUUAUUCAAGGAAGCGAAAAAGCAUCCAUUGAAAUCUUCAACUACUGUGAUCAAAACAACUCAGCAGCAUCCAGUUGCUACUCCAGUCCUCUCGCAGAAACUAGCAACACCAUUGGCUACCGUUGUGGUUCAGGCGAAUCCAGAUAACCCCCCAAUCGCAGCUUUGCUAUACUGUCAAACGCUGGCACAAAAAGGAAUCCACAUCUCAUUGUUCUCUUACGUCCAUUCGACCGUUCACGAAAUGCCCGCCAAGCUGGAUCGAUUCUUGAAGAGUUUAUCCGUAUUCGGUAACCCAAACUCAAGUAGUUCCUUGUGCGUUCGAAUCGUUUGGAACGGUCAUUGUCCUGAUUGCGUUACUUUCACCGACAUUAAAGCCACUUUCCUCUAUGGUGAAUCGAUGUUGAUACAAAAGUUGUUGUCCCUAGUCGAACCGGAUGCUCCUCAGGAAUUGACUGAACUCCUCACAACCAUUGACAAGGGGCUAUUGCUCAUCCCAAGUCUACGUCAAUCGACAAUUUCUCUGUUGCAAUCACAUUCAUAUCUAACCAAACCGAACCGAUCCUCUCCCAGUGCAGUUGAUUGUUUCUUGUAUGUCUGUGCCCGAAAGUCGGAUACCCUCAAUUGUCUUCCUGCAAACUGGCUCAAGAUAUGCACAGGCUUUCAGUCGAUCCAAACCUUGAACUUGUUGUUUGAUAAAUAA